AUGGUAGGUAAUUAUACCUGUGUUCAGUGCCUCCAGGUGCUCCGGAAAGGUACCCGGGCAUCCAAUUAUCCUGCUCGCCUCCAACGCCUGGCUUAUUCACAACCGAAACAUGCCAUCUCGCCGUGGACUCGAAGCUUUGGCUCGAUCCGCAACAACCGCUCACUAGGUGCAAGCUCGGAGGGUAAAUGCACCAGCAAGCAUGCUCCCAACCCCAGUCAAUCCAAUGCGACAUUGUCCGCCCAGAGGUCCGCCUCCACAACGACCGAGCAUGUUGUCGAUAGGAACUCUGUCUUAAAACCCAACGACCUGUUCCACUCGUUCUCGAGGUCGCCCUCGCCUGUAAUUCGGAAACGUGCCGAGUUCAUCAAGGCGAAUGCUUUCUGUCCGCAUCCCAGUCACCAGCAGACGCGCGCGCCUGUCUCACCGCAUGACCCCGAAGCGCGAAAGUCUCCUGAUCUCUCCAACCUGCCCCCAUCCCAUUCGCAUUUUGAAUGCCCGGACUGCGGCGUGCCGAUCUACUGUUCCGAGGGCCACUGGAUGGAUGACUUCGAAGCCCAUCUUGAGGUUUGUGAGACAGUACGCCAGAUCAACGAGGAUGACCACGACUUAAACUCUGGCCGCUUCUUCAAUGAAUUCUCCUAUCCUGGAGUGCAGGAUGAGAGCUUUAUUGUCAACAUGACUAAUUGGGAUACUUUCAUGUACACUCGCGAGUUUGAAGCUAUCAACUCCGAUCGUUCCAUGCGCCAGGUUACCCGCAUGCUCACCUACCCGCAGACUAUUACUAGUGUGCUGCACGAACUCAGCCCUUACAACAUCCAUGGCAAGAACCGAUUGACGCCCGAGGGAUUGAAGAGUUUCAGCGCGCUCCGGUACUCCCUCCACCCCCCAAAAGCCGGUGAAGACAUCGACAUUAAAGGCUUGCGUGUAAAGGCACCACCAGUCCGGAUCUUCAUGCUGGGCGCUCGCGCCGAAUCCUCGCUGCCCCGCGAUGUCUGGCUCCAACUCCAGUACAUGUUCCCCCGAUCACUGCUGCACCUGAUUUUCAUCGGUCCAGAGAGCAUGUCCAAUCGCGACAGCGAGUUCCCACUGCCCGAGCGCACACCGGAGAACCCCUUCGGCGGUAUCACCGAGGAUCGUCUGGGUGGUCAAAUGAAGAUCACCACGUACGUCGAAUACUUCCACACCAUGUACAAGGCAAACUACUUCGGGCCCUUCGACCCUUACCUGGACUGUUUCAUGCUUUUCCACCCGGGACUGGGUCAUCCGGCCAGCUCGCACGAGUGGCAAGAAACUCUCCCCCAGCUCCUGGAGACCAAGAUCCCCAUUCUUUGCACUGGAUACACGCAGUGGGACAUGGAGCGUGAUAUCAACUGGGUUAAUGAGAAGUGUGCUGGCGAAUUUGAUAUCCUCCUCGAGCCUGGUGAGAAUAUCUUCCGUAGUCUGCGCUGGGAUCUGAAUGACCUUGACCCACAUGAUGUUUCGUGUGGAAACUGGGGAUUGUGGGGAUUCCGAGGCAAGAGAUACGAGGCUACAACCCACAAGAGCGACGAGUAA